CUCUAGUCCCCUUCCCCCUCCUCAUCCCAAUGACUCGUCAUUUCUCACGGUUCUGCGUCCCUUUCUCCCCCUUCACUAAUUACAGCCAAAAAAUCAUUGAACGCAAUGGAAAUAUACCUGUCCUUCCAUCCUCAGUGCUGCCACUAGUAGAAACUCCAUCCCACAACCACUCGUUUACUAGAUCCUGUGCUCUCUCUCUUCACUCUCUAGUAGUCUAUAUCUAAAUUAAAGAACGAGGAGGAGGAAGACACGAGAAGAGAUGAGUCACUCUAUUCCCCUUUACCACUCCUUUACUAGAUCGAUCCUGUACUCUCUACCUUCUCUCGAGUAGUCUAUACCUAAAAGAAAAUUGAAGAAGAAGGAAGACGAAAUUAAGAAGAGAUGAGCCGGUGCGUUCCCAGGUGGGACCUAGAUGAUGCUCCUAAUCCACUAGCUCAUCUUCCCUUCGACAGCCUUCCAUCGCCCGCCACCUUCGUGCCCACGUCGGACUACGAGGUGGCGGAGCUGACGUGGGAGAACGGCCGCCUUGGCUUGCACGGCCUCGGCCACCCCCGUAUCGAGAAACCCAUCCCAAAGCAAGCCUCCUCCUCCUCCGCCGCCGCCACCGCGUGGGAGAAGCCGCGACCGAGCGGCACCCUCGAGGCCGUCGUGGAUCAGGCCACCCGCGCUCCGCUCCUCCCCUGGAACCCAUCUCCCGACCUGGCCUCCUGGCUAGCUGGGCCCUCCCCCCACCGCUCCUCCCCGGCCGUGAUGGACGCCCUUGUACCCUGCGCCGCCACCCCCAGCGACGACCUCGGUGAUCCGGGGGGGUUGGUUAGGAAGCGGGCGAGGGUCGGCGAGGGCGGGUGGGUGUGCGCAAGCCAGGGGAGCGCGGCGGCCCCCGGGGCGGGGAGAGAAGGGGAGAUCACGCUGGUGACGCUGGACACGUGCGGGGGAGACGACGUGGGGUUCACCAACACCACCGCCACCGCCACCAACUCUGUCACGCCGGAAACGGAGAACACCAGCUUCGGCCGCGAUGAUCGCGACUCCGUCUGCCUCAGCCGCCGCUCCCAGCUGGACGGUUUAUGCGACGAUGACGAGAAGACAAGAACAGGGAGUGCAGGGAGGGCUUCUACCUCCGCCAGAAGGAGCAGAGCUGCCGCCAUUCAUAACCAAUCCGAACGUAAAAGAAGGGAUAGGAUCAAUCAACGGAUGAGAAUCUUGCAGAAAUUGGUUCCAAACUCAAGCAAGACCGAUAAAGCAUCUAUGCUGGAUGAAGUAAUUGAAUAUCUGAAGCAGCUACAAGCCCAGGUCGAGAUGAUGAGCAGGAUGAGCACCAUGAUGAUGCCAAUGGCCAUGCCACAGCUCCAAAUGUCCAUGAUGGCUCAGAUGGCCCAGAUGACUCAUAUGAGCAUAGGCAGGGGCAUGGGAAUGAUGGAUCUCAACUCCCUCAAUCGGCCUAGCUAUGCUGGCUUACCGCCUCUCCUCCACCCCUCUGCCUUCCGCCCUCUCCCAACAGCCUCUUGGGAUAUCUCUGGCGAUCGAAUGCAGCAACAUGGUGGCACUAUCCUCCCCGAUCCUUUCUCAGCUUUCCUUGCUUAUCAAACAGCACAGCAGCAGCAGCAGCAGCAACCAGCGAGCGGGGAGGCAUACUCCAGGAUGGCCACCCUGUAUCAACAAUUAUACCAGCAGCCUCCACAAGCCAAUCCCAAGCCAUAGCUGAUCUUAUAAAUAUAUUUCAAUUGUCUGUUUACACAUAAUUAGUCUUUGACAGAGCUAAGCAUUUAGACCUUCAGCUUGAGAGGAACGUGCAUCAGGUGUUACCUUAUGGUUUAGUUUUGAGGAGGUUCAGACUACGGCGUGGCAGCUUAAGAUGCGAGUGUCGGUAAAGUAAUUUUAGGUGGUGGUUGGUCGUUAGAUUUCCUGUUUUCUGAUUGGACGCCAAUGAUUUGACAUGGGACUCGACAGCCACUAGUGCAUGUAAGGGAAAGGCAUCGACCACGUCGACAUCUUUGUCUUUACAAUUCUAUUCGUGGAGGCCCGCUGUGAAGCUCGGAUUUGUGUGGCGAACACGGGAGACGUCUGAUUCCUCGUUCAAGAAAUGUGCGAUUAGGUUUUCUUUUGGCUUUUCUUU